AUGGCCAGCGGCAGGCCUCCUGGAGGCCACGGCGACAACCUCCUCCAGCUCGACGACGCUCCCUCGCAGUACAGCUCCGGCCAGAGACCGCCGGUGGGCGACGACAGCCUGGUGCAGCAGUUCAACAUUAACGACUCCGACCAGCCGUCGUCGCGGCCGUCGGUCUCCUACGAUGACUUUGUCGGCGGCCAGGGGCGGCCCUCAGCGCACGGCGGCAACAACAACAGCAGCAGCAAUAAUAAUAAUAAUAUACACAGCGGUGGCCGCCACGGACAGCUCCAGGAUGACGCCAGCAGGGCGUAUGGGGGCGAUGGCAGUGCUACGGGGAUGUACACGCAGACCUCAGACCUGCACAACUACCAGCGGUAUUCUGAUCUAGACGACCUCGAGGAUGACCGGACGUAUGGAUACUACAACGACGGAGACAGGUCUGACGGCGCCACUCCCAUACGCGACGCCCGCGCAAGAGAUAGAAACAGCAUCAUGGCCCUGGGCGGCGGCAUCAUGGGCAGAGCAAAGAACAUGCUGGGAAUCAAGCCCGAGUACUCUGAGAUGGAUCUGCCCUUGACUGAGGCCGGAGCUGCCUCUCGCAGGGUCGGCACCGCAGACACAGACGAGACGCCCCCUGGCAAGCCCAAGUCCAGCAAGUUCAAGUUUGGCUUUGGACGGCGAGAGCCUGAUCCCUCGACCUUGGGGCCUCGCAUCAUCCUGCUCAACAAUGCUCCCGCAAACGCUGCCCACAAAUUCGUCGACAACCAUAUAUCUACCGCCAAAUACAACAUCUUCACCUUCCUACCGAAAUUCCUCUUCGAACAGUUCUCCAAAUACGCCAACCUGUUUUUCCUCUUUACCGCCGUCCUCCAGCAGAUCCCCAACAUCUCGCCUACAAACAGAUAUACGACCAUUGGCCCGCUCAUCGUCGUGCUGAUAGUCUCCGCCAUCAAGGAAUUGGUCGAAGACUACAAGCGGAAGAGCUCGGACAAGUCUCUCAAUCACUCAAAGACAAAGGUGCUGCGUGGUUCAAACUUCGAACAGGUCAAAUGGAUAGACGUGGCGGUGGGAGAUAUCGUCCGGGUCGAGUCAGAGGAACCUUUCCCUGCAGACCUGGUCCUGCUUGCCAGCUCCGAACCCGAAGCACUCUGCUACAUCGAAACAGCCAAUCUGGACGGAGAGACCAACCUGAAGAUCAAGCAGGGCAUCCCCGAAACGGCUGAUCUAGUAAGCGCUGGUCAGCUUAGCAGAUUGACAUCGAGGAUCAAAUCCGAACAGCCCAACAGCAGCCUCUACACCUACGAAGCUACCCUGACUCUGCAAUCCGGCGGAGGUGAAAAGGAGCUCUCCCUUGCCCCCGACCAGCUGCUUCUUCGAGGAGCUACCCUGCGGAACACCCCCUGGAUCCACGGCGUCGUCGUCUUCACCGGACACGAAACGAAGCUCAUGAGAAAUGCCACCGCAACCCCUAUAAAACGAACAGCCGUCGAACACAUGGUCAACCUGCAAAUUCUCAUGCUGGUUGGAAUCCUCGUUGCUCUCAGCUUGAUAAGUUCCAUUGGCGAUCUGGUUAUCCGUACCACUGCUUCCAAGAACAAAUCCUACCUCGACUACAGCAACGUCAACCUCGCUCAGCAGUUCUUCUCCGAUAUCUUCACCUACUGGGUCUUGUACUCCAACCUUGUCCCCAUCUCGCUCUUUGUUACCAUCGAAAUCGUCAAGUAUUACCACGCCUUUCUCAUCAGCUCCGAUCUCGAUAUCUACUAUGAACCUACCGAUACUCCGUCGAACUGUCGAACUUCCUCCCUUGUUGAAGAACUCGGCCAGAUCGAGUACAUCUUCUCGGACAAGACCGGUACCCUUACUUGCAACCAGAUGGAGUUCAAACAGUGCUCCAUUGGCGGUAUCCAAUAUGCUGAGGUUGUGCCGGAAGACCGAAGAGCGGCUUAUAAUGACGACACAGAGACGGCCAUGUAUGACUUUAAACAGCUUAAGCAACACAUAGAUUCCCAUCCAACAGGCGACGCAAUCGUUCAAUUCCUCACUCUACUCGCUACCUGCCAUACUGUCAUCCCUGAACGAAGUGACGACAAGCCGGGCGAAAUCAAGUACCAGGCCGCUUCUCCAGAUGAAGGUGCUCUUGUCGAGGGUGCCGUCAUGCUAGGAUACGAAUUCACCAACCGAAAGCCAAGAUACGUCAACAUCUCUGCUCGAGGAGAAGAGCAAGAGUUCGAACUUCUGGCUGUCUGUGAAUUCAACUCUACGAGAAAACGUAUGUCGACAAUCUUCAGAUGUCCCGAUGGCAAAAUACGGAUAUACUGCAAGGGAGCCGAUACAGUCAUUCUCGAACGUCUCGGACAAGACAAUCCCAUCGUGGAAGCAACACUUCAGCAUCUCGAAGAAUACGCCUCCGAGGGUCUUCGAACCCUUUGUCUCGCAAUGCGUGAAAUCUCCGAAGAAGAGUUCCAGGAAUGGUGGCAGGUCUUUAACAAAGCUUCUACCACCGUCAGCGGAAACAGGCAGGAGGAAGUAGACAAAGCAGCUGAGCUGAUUGAGAAGGACUUCUUCCUCCUCGGUGCAACUGCAAUUGAAGAUCGACUCCAGGAUGGCGUCCCAGACACCAUCCAUACCUUACAGCAAGCUGGUAUCAAGAUUUGGGUUUUGACCGGUGAUCGACAGGAGACUGCCAUAAACAUCGGCAUGAGUUGCAAGCUUAUUUCGGAAGACAUGACUUUACUCAUUGUUAACGAGGAAGAUGCCCCAAGUACCAGGGACAACUUGACGAAAAAGCUCGAACAAGUCAAAAGUCAAGCCAAUUCAGCAGAUGUCGAAACGCUAGCUCUUAUUAUUGAUGGAAAAUCACUUACCUACGCCCUUGAGAAGGAACUAGAGAAGACUUUCCUGGAUCUCGCUGUCAUGUGUAAGGCAGUUAUUUGCUGCCGUGUCUCUCCCCUACAAAAGGCUCUUGUUGUUAAACUUGUAAAACGCCAUCUCAAAGCCCUUUUGCUUGCCAUCGGUGACGGUGCCAAUGAUGUCUCUAUGAUUCAAGCAGCACACGUUGGUGUUGGUAUCAGCGGUAUGGAAGGUCUUCAAGCAGCUCGAAGUGCCGAUAUUUCAAUUGGCCAAUUCCGAUAUCUUCGAAAACUACUUCUCGUUCAUGGGUCUUGGAGUUAUUCCCGCGUUAGCAAGACUAUUCUGUAUUCGUUCUACAAGAAUAUUGUUCUUUACAUGACACAAUUCUGGUACGCAUUUGAAAACUCGUUCUCUGGACAAGUUAUUUACGAAUCUUGGACACUCUCUUUAUAUAACGUUUUAUUCACUGUUCUCCCUCCCUUCGCCAUGGGUAUCUUUGACCAAUUUAUCUCUGCGAGACUCCUGGAUCGAUACCCCCAACUGUACCAGCUCGGCCAGAAAGGCACCUUUUUCAAGAUGCACAGUUUCUGGUCCUGGGUUGGGAACGGCUUCUACCACUCCCUUGUUGCAUAUCUUCUUUCCCGACAAAUCUUCAAAAACGACAUGCCAACCAGUGACGGAACCACAUCUGGACUCUGGGUAUGGGGUACAGCUCUCUAUACUGCUGUCCUAGCUACAGUUCUCGGCAAGGCAGCCUUGGUCACCAACGUCUGGACCAAGUACACCGUCAUCGCUAUUCCCGGCUCAUUACUUGUCUGGCUCGGCUUCAUUCCUGCAUACGCAUAUGCUGCCCCCAGCAUUGGAUUCUCCUUCGAAUACUACCAAAUGAUCCCACACCUCUACCCCCUUCCAACAGUCUGGAUCAUGGCAGUUCUCAUCCCUUGCCUCUGUCUCGUUCGUGACUUUGCUUGGAAGUACGCCAAACGCAUGUACUACCCACAAAGCUACCAUCACGUCCAAGAGAUACAGAAAUACAACGUACAAGACUACAGACCACGUAUGGAACAGUUCCAGAAGGCUAUCCGGAAAGUCCGCCAGGUCCAGCGUAUGCGCAAACAGAGAGGUUAUGCCUUCAGUCAGGCCGAUGAAGGUGGCCAGAUGAGGGUUGUUAAUGCUUAUGAUACGACGAGAAGCAGAGGACGAUAUGGAGAAAUGGCAAGUUCACGGCCAAUGACUUGA